UAGUCAUGCUGGCUUCAUUAUAACAGUGUAGUUGUGAAGUUAUUAGUGAUAUAUUUUAACAGCAUGGACCGGGAGUGUGUGUCUCUGCUGCCCCGUGUGUGUGAGGUGUUGGCGGACUCCAGCAAGUCUCUGCCCGAUGACACCAGCCUGGAGAAGCUGCUGGACUGGUUCACUGAGGCUGGGGGAUCUUUGCUGGAGACCUGCCCAUGUCUGCUUGACUUCGUGUCCACUGUGGUCAACAACACAGAUUCAGACCCCAGUGUCAUCUCCUUCACUCUCAGACUAUCCGGUUUAAUGACUGCCACUGGGGACGGCUUCAAAAAGCUUCAGGAGCGCUCAGUUCUGGAUCUGGUCUUCAGCGUUCAGCGUUGGCAGGAAGUAGGGCUCUGGGAGGAUCCUUGUAUACGGAUUGGCUGGAUCCAGGGUUUAAGGGGCACACUGCAGCACCCAAAGGCUCUCAGUUUCUUUGUAGAAUCAGAUUUCAUCAAGCCGCUUCUACAACUUCAGACAGACUCAAGUCUAUUUGUUGCCUCAGCCGCCAAUCAAAUGCUCGCCCACAUCCUGCUCUUCUUUCAGCCGGUCUCACCUGCAGGAAGUAACGGGAUUCAUAAAAAAGACCAGUAUGCAGAACGGACAUAUAGCGCUAUCAAAACACCCAUUACUCUGGACUCACACCCAGCCCUCACCACGGAAACCAACGCCAAGUACACUGCUGUUGUCGUGGCGGUCUCGGAGUACCUAAAGGAGUCACUGGUGCCUAAAGAAAACACACAGCUCCAUCAGAGUCUGCAGAUCCUCAAACUGCUGGCACUGCUCCUCGCUCAGGCCAGGCCUCCCCUGCGUGACACGCUGCUGCGGACAGUGGCAGACUCUCUGGAGGAGCUGGUGACGGCAGGCUACAGUCAGCUCACACUUCCUCUGAUGGACGUCAUUCUGGCUGCAAACAGCAGCUCUGGCCCUGAUGAACGUGUCUCCCACCUUCUCUCAUCCAUGUUGAACGCCAACAAACCUGCUGACCUCAUUCACGCUGCGGCUGCUUAUCUCCGCAGAGGUCGUCUAGAUGCUGUCCACACAACUCAGGCUGCGAGAAUACUGCUGUUACCCAUCGAUAUUAUUACUGGUCAGACUCUACUGGGUACCGACACUACAGAUGAGCAGCAUCGUGUUUUAAUGGUAGAGCAGCUGAAGAAUAAAACCUCCUGCAUCUCCAUCAUCUGUGUCGGUCUGACAAACACACCACAUAUCACACUUGUGCCUCCUGACGUCCUCCCCACAUGUCACCCAGCCUUUGUUGUCCUUGCAGUUCUGUCACUGUUAAGGAUCUGCAGCGGUGACUCUUCGUCCUCACCCACCGGCUGUAGGGAGGUUUACAGGAAUGUGAUAGGCAGCGGCAAGGUUCAGAAAUGUGCUCUAGAGGCUUUGAUGGCUCUCAGCAGCAGCCCAGGAGCGAAGGACAAGAUGAACGAGGUGUUCACACUCCUGAUACAAUAUCUGGACAAUCCUGAUUCUGACCCAACUGUGAUACACAAGUCCUACAAAGCCUUAAUAAAGUGGCUGAGUGUUUGCACAGACGUCUCCUCUAUAACAGACAAGCUCAGACAAGAUCUCAUCAAGGUCGUGCAGAAACGUGUGUGUGACAUGCGUUGGGAGGUGAGAGACUCAACUGUGGAGUUUUUGGGACAACUGGCCGGUGUGCAAGUCUUUUUGAAAACAGCCGAUGAGGAGGCAUGCAUGGCGUCUGAAGCUUUGCUGGGCGGCUGCAGUAUCACUCCUCUCCUCAAGGAGGCACUGCAGGAUCCAGAGAGUUAUGUGAGAGCCAGUGCCACCUCUGCACUGGCUCAGACACUGGCACACAGUUGGCAACAGGGGGCAGCACUCACUCAGGAGCAGACUGAAAUCGUGAACCGGCUGCUGGAAAUUCUGUGCGAGGACACAGAGGGCUUCGCUAGGCGGGCGGUCGUACAAUACUUCAUUGCCUGGUUCUCUUCAUGCUCCUCACACAAACAUCCAUCGUCAUCUCUCCUCAUGAACUCUGUGUGCUCCGUCCUCUCGAAAGGCAGCGUCGAUCUGGACUGGGAGGUCAAGGUUCACACGCUGCAGCUGGCUGAGCUGCUGCUGGAUGAAACGUUUUCAGGUCACCAGGGAUACAGGAAGGGUUCGGACACAGAUCCCGCUUCUCUACACCCCUACGCUGUGGUGUCUGACCAGGCGUACACACUCCACACACACAGUCUUCAACGGACAAACAUGGAGGGUUCAGAAUCGGUCGGAGCGUUGAGCAAUCUAGUAGAGCAGGGAGUCUUCUCAGCGUUGUUGAGUGGUCUGGUUGACUGCGAUAGACCCGUUGGUCUGAAGGCCUGUCGUCUCCUGAUAACAGUCAGAGAGACAGUCUGCCCUCUGCCCCUCGAUGCAGCUGCUGCCAUGGCAACAGUAUCCUGUGAGCUUCCUGGAUGGGGCUGGGGGCAGGAGAUCAGAAGCAUACUGGGCAGGAAGAAAAACAAUCAGACAAAAGAGGCAGACAUGGAGGUUGAUUCUGGAGAGGACGGUGAUGUGGGAGAGGUUGGAGCGAGCAAGAGAGGUGGCGGUUUGUGUGUCAGCGUGUGCGAGGCGAUGAGGGGUCUGCGGCUAGACGAGAGACUGGACGUUCUCACUCAAAGCAGCGACCACGUCCACAACUCGCUCCUCUCUCUGCUCCAAGACAUAUUGACCUCUAAUGCUGCUCACACUCAUUCAGACAAAGAACAAGGGGAAGAGGUCAUAGUGGACUGCUACUGA